UUAGCAUUGCUAUUAUUGCUUUUCUUGCAGCUUUAAACUGUUAGAAGCCAUACAUUUUUUAUUUAUUUAAUUUAUGAAACUAUUAAUUGUUUUUUUAUUAUCUGCUCCUUUUAGUUUUUCCAUCUGGGGUUGGCUUCUAUUUCAAUUUAAAAAAAAAAAAAGAUUGUUGCAUGAAUUAGAUAGAAACCAAUCUUAAACGUUUGAUUUAUGGUUUUUAAUUUUAUGUGGAUUCAAUUAUGGAUUUGGAGGAGAUAGUGUGAAACUUUUUGCUAAAAUUUAAAUUUGUGCUAUCUUUUAAGGUGUUUUCAGUGAAUGGUAGAGUGAUAUGCGGACUACCACCUGUUCUUUUCUAGAUUAAAGGAUUUUCAUUUAACCUGAUGUAAUUUGAACCAAAAAAGGAAAAAAGAAGAAGAAAAGAAACCAUGUAGAGAUGAGUAUUUACUGGAACAUAUUCUAAGGUCUGGUUGAGGUUGAAGAUGACGUGUCGUAUAGUCUAGUCCCUGUGGAUUUAAUUAUUGUUCACCUUAGUCCCUGCAGUGCAGUCCUGGCUGCUGCUUUGAAUUGCUUUUUUUUCCCCCAGAAAUGUUCCUGUGUCUAUACAAAAUGGCGGCAACAUCUGCUGCUACCUUUUCUAUUGGAUCAACUAUCUCCCUUGGCACCAAAGUGAGCCAACUCCCGCAAUCGAAGCCCUUGUCUGUGAGAUUUAACUCCCAGAACACUCUUGCGACCUUCAGUGGACUCAAGGCAGCAACCUUUGUUAAGUGUGAGUCGGGGUCAUCUUUCUUAGGCAAGGAAAGCGGUGCAGCGCUUCAAGGCGCUGCUGCACCAAAAGCUCAAAAAUCAAGCCAAAGGUCACAGCAUAACCUAAACCCACAGGCAUCUUACAAGGUGGCAAUUCUUGGAGCUGCUGGAGGGAUAGGUCAGCCUUUAGCACUUCUAGUUAAGAUGUCCCCAUUGAUUUCCGCCCUGCACAUCUAUGAUAUAGCAAAUGUCAAGGGAGUUGCUGCUGAUCUCAGUCACUGUAACACCCCCUCUCAAGUCUUGGGUUUCACAGGAACAUCUGAAUUACCCAAUUCUUUGAAGGGUGUAGAUGUUGUUGUCAUUCCAGCUGGUGUUCCAAGGAAGCCUGGUAUGACCCGCGAUGACCUCUUCAGCAUCAAUGCCAACAUAGUAAAGACGUUGGUUGAGGCUGUUGCUGAUAACUGCCCUGAUGCUUUUAUACACAUUAUCAGCAAUCCAGUCAACUCUACAUUGCCAAUUGCAGCUGAAGUUUUGAAGCAGAAAGGUGUGUAUGAUCCAAAGAAGCUCUUUGGUGUUACUACACUUGAUGUUGUUAGGGCAAACACAUUUGUUGCUCAGAAGAAGAAUCUCAAGCUUAUCGAUGUGGAUGUACCAGUAGUAGGGGGGCACGCUGGAAAAACCAUUCUUCCCCUCCUAUCAAAGACGAGACCCCCAGUUAGUUUCAAUGAUGAGGAAGUGCAAGAGCUAACUGUAAGGAUCCAGAAUGCCGGGACAGAAGUUGUGGAGGCAAAGGAAGGGGCAGGGUCUGCUACCCUGUCAAUGGCAUAUGCUGCAGCCAGAUUUGUUGAAUCUUCUCUUCGCGCAUUGGAUGGUGAUGCUGAUGUCUAUGAGUGCUCAUUUGUGCAAUCAGAUCUUACUGAGCUUCCAUUCUUCGCAUCAAGGGUAAAACUUGGAAGGAAGGGGGUCGAAGCUUUCAUUUCAUCUGACCUCCAAGGGCUGACUGAGUAUGAACAGAAGGCACUGGAAGCUCUCAAGCCUGAACUGAAGGCCAGCAUUGAGAAAGGCAUUGCAUUUGCUCAGAAGCAACCAGUGACUACAUAGAUUGAGUUAAUUUCUGGAAGUCAUAACCAGACAGAAAUGUGGGUCUUAUCUACGUUGGCCAUCUUUUCCCCAGAUCAAUGCAUCGGCAAUUUCAGUUUUGCAGAAUUUUCACCAUCUUAUGUCUUGAGAAACUUCUUUUGAGGAUAUAUUUUCUUUAGUGUUGUACCUUCACAAAUUGCAAUUGCUACCAUCAAGAAGAGCAUGUAUUUUUUUCCCCUCGGAGAUAAAAUGGGGGGUGUAUCCCAAUUUUCGAUUUCUUAAGAGUAAUUUUUUGCAAGAUUGCAUGCAUC